AUGGCAAUAAAGAAACUUCCAGACGAUGUGAUAGCAAGAAUAUCUGCCGGAGAGGUGAUUACAAGGCCGUUUGCAAUCCUGAAGGAAACAAUCGAGAACUCACUAGAUGCACAUAGCACACACAUAACAGUCAGAAUAGAGCAAUACGGGCUGUCUCUUGCUGUUGAGGAUAACGGCGAGGGAAUAGGCGAGAGUGAUUUUGGAAUGUUGUGCAAACAGUAUUGCACAUCGAAGAUCACGAGCGAGGAUGAUCUUUUUUCGUUGUGCUCGUAUGGGUUCCGCGGAGAGGCACUGUCUUCAAUAAGUAGGUGCUCUAAGGUAAAGGUGCGGAGCAAGAAGAAGCAAUCAGAAGUUGGAUAUGAGGCAGUCUAUAAUGAUACAGAGAUGGUGUCGAUCAGAGCAGUUGGGAUGAACGAUGGAACAUGUAUUGAAAUCAAGAAUGUUUUUUACAACAACAAGCUUAGGGAAAAGCACUUUCUGAAGUACAAGGAUGAGGUGAAGGAGAUGAUAUGGCUUGUAAGAGCGUAUUCGGUAUUCAAUAAUAGUGUAUUGUUUACACUGGUUGUUUCAGGACGACCUCAGGAGUUCGCAGUUAGAAAUGAUGGAGGCGGAGAAAAUUGGUAUGCUGAAAGUGUGCUUUAUCAUGCAAGCUCCAAUUUUCGCUGGAGCAAACGAAUGGUGGACUCCAAAUUGGCUAUGCUGCAAAGCAUGUGUAAAAUUAAAGAAAGACUGACACACAAUGUCGGAGACAAAUACCUUGCUAUUUUUUCUGAAGGAAGUGAAGUGCACAGACAGAGCAUGUUUGUUCUUUUUGUGAAUGGAAGGCUAGUAUCGAGUAGGAAAAUGAAAGAAGCGGUUUUUAGAGUGUAUAAGAAGAUGAUUUCUGAGGACUAUCAUCCGCUGGUGUACAUAGAGGUGGAAACAGCCAAAGACAAAGUAGAUGUGAAUGUGCAUCCGUGCAAAAAAGAGGUCGUGCUUUUUGAUGAGGAGUCAAUAAUAAGCGAUAUAUGCAGGUGUGUUGAAAGUGCAUUGAGAAUAAGCGAUCAUGUGCCUAAGGAGGUAAGAUACUCGCUGAGAAGUAGCCAAAGUGAAAGUGGGGGUUCAAAGGUGUAUGCAGAUCCGAUGUCGCAAUCGAUUGAUGAGUGUUUUGAAGAGGAAUACACGAUGAAUACAAGAUCUUUUAUGCUGGAAUCGCUUGCUAGGAUGGUGGAGGAGAUUGUUGAUGUCGAUACUGAGUUUUUCAGGAUGCUGUUUUAUGUCGGAAUCAAAGACAAGGACACUGUUCUUGUGCAAUACAACGCAGCGCUAUUGAAUUGCAAAACAAAGCACCUUCUGAAGGAGUAUUUCUGGCAAGCAUUUGUAAAUGGGUUUGGAAAUUUCAAGCGAAGAAGCGUUAGCAUUCCUAUACGUGCGACUAUUGCAGAUAGAAUGAAGAGGAUGCUUGAUGAUUAUUUCUGCAUACGAGUGAGCGGUGAUGCAAUUGUGAGUCUGCCUGAUAUUUCUGGAGUGUGUAUCGAUUGCCAUAGCCUGUGGAGUGACUUUUGUGUCGAGGAGGGGCCUGAGUAUGAGACCCUAGCGAAUGUAAUUGGAAGGUUAUCUGCGAUAUAUUCUGAGGCAGAGAUGAAUCAAAAGCUAUUUAAUUGCAUGAAAAGGGAAAUAAAAGGAACGAGGGCUGCGCUUGAGUGUUUUGGACUGGUUGUUACGCUUAAAGAGCUCUACAAGAACUUUGAGAGAUGCUAA